AUGCCGGCUUCCUCGUCGUACCCCCAAGUUCAGCCUGCGCCAUCGCGGCCGGCGGCGGCUGCUCCACAGGUUCGGCCUGCGUCAUCGCUGUCCGGGUCGGCUUCCCCUUACGAGCCGACUCCGGCGUCGCCGACUGCCGGACUUAGCGCCGAGAUGGCUCAGAAACUCACGGUUUCAGCGACUCCGACGCCCGUAUCUUCAAAAGCCUUGAGGCCUCCAGCGAGGCCUGGCAUCGGGAGGCUUGGAAAGAGCGUAUUAGUGAAGGCGAAUCACUUUCUGGUGUCUGUUGCAGAUCGCGAUCUAACCCAUUACGAUGUCUCUAUAUCUCCAGAAGUUUCCUCAAAACCAGUCUGCCGGAAGAUUAUGAAUGAACUUGUUAAUUCGUUCAAGUUGUCGCACUUGGGCAAGAAAACGCUAGCAUAUGACGGUAGAAAGAGCUGCUAUGCGGCUGGAGAAUUACCCUUUACUUCGAAGGAUUUUAUUGUCAAACUUGUGGAUACUGAUGGUGGAUCUAGGAGGGAGCGCGAAUUCAAAGUAUCAAUAAAAUUUGCUUCAAAAGCUGACCUACAUCAUCUGCACCAAUUUAUUCAGGGUAGACAACUUGAUGUGCCACAGGAAACUCUUCAGUUUCUUGAUGUUGUUCUUAGGCAGAACCCCUCAAACAGUUGUGAAGUUGUUGGAAGAUCCUUCUUUUCUCGCAACCCGGAGGAACAUGGGGAGCUAGGUAACGGUAUCAAUUACUGGAAAGGGUUCUACCAGAGUCUUCGUCCAACCCAAAUGGGCCUUUCUUUGAAUAUUGAUAUGUCGGCACGUGCUUUUUAUGAGAGCAUUUUGGUUACUGAAUUUGUCUGCAAGUACUUGAACAGAGAUCUGACUAGGCCUCUUUCUGACCAAGAUCGACUUAAGGUUAAAAGGGCUCUCAAAGGUGUUAGGGUUGAAAUGAACCAUCAAGGGCAUAUCAAACGACAUAAGAUUUCUGGCUUGUCGACGGAACCAACUAGACAGCUGAUGUUCCAUCUGGAGGAGGCAGGCACCGAUGUAUCUGUUGCUGAUUACUACCGUCAGAAGUAUAAUAUUGUACUAAAAUAUCCCUUUUUACCGGCUCUUCAGUCCGGCACUGGCCAAAGGUCAAUCUAUUUGCCCAUGGAGCUAUGCAAAAUUGUUGAUGGUCAGAGGUAUUCCAAAAAAUUAAAUGAGAGACAAGUUACAGCCUUACUCAGAGCCACCUGUCAACGACCAAAUGAAAGGGAGAAAAGCAUAAACAAAGUGGUUGUUAGUGCAAACAAUUACAAUAGUCAAGAUCUUGUUACAGAGUUUGGUAUAAACGUUGAUACUUCCUUCACAACCAUUGAGGCACGCGUUUUGCCUCCUCCGAUGCUUAAAUACCAUGAAACUGGACGCGAGAGUCGCAUUGAGCCGAGAGUGGGACAGUGGAAUAUGAUUGAUAAGGUUUAUAUUAUUUGGUUUGAAGUGUAUCUAUAA